GGUCGGUCCGGUAUGGCAGACUUUCCCGCCUGAAUCAGAUUGCCGCCAUGAUUGACGAUAUACCAGAGACCGGUGCCGUGUUUACCUUCGGCAAGUCUCACUUUGCGGACAAUGAGCCAAGCCAUUUCUUUAUCAAGAAUGAUCCAAUUGUCGCUAUUUCAUGUGGAGAUGAACACAGCGCUGUUAUAUGCCAUAAUGGCCGCGUGUUUGUUUUCGGCGCAAACGUUUGGGGUCAGUUGGGCCUUGGUCACAAAGACGAGGUGACAAGACCAAGCUGUGUGAAAUGGUUGAAACCACAUCGGACGAUGUUCGUUGCUUGUGGAAGAGCACAUACAGUUUUUGUUACUGAUACAAAUGCUAUAUACUCUGUUGGUUGUAAUGAAGAGGGUCAACUUGGUACGGGGGAUGUGGAGUCACACACUGUACCACAGUAUAUUGAACUUACAGUGGACCAAGCGAUACGACAAGUGUCAGCGGGGAGCAACCACACAGCUAUUCUUACUGACGACGGCCGAGUAUUUAUGUGUGGGUCCAACACCGAAGGUCAGCUUGGACUGGGCGAGGACACUCGGGCUUCCCUAAAGUUUACUGAACUCAAGUUCAUGGAGACAAUAGCCUUUGUUGAAUGCGGGUAUUAUCACACUGUUUUUAUUACUGCUAAAGGAGCAGUAUUUGUAACGGGGGACAAUGAAAACCAAAAGUUAGGGAUUCCAGACACAGCCUCCACAAUUUACGUACCCCAAGUACUUCCACUCAACAUAGAAAUUAAGAGCGCCUGUUGUGGUGCCAAUCACACUUUCCUACUCUCAAUGGACGAAACAAAAAUCUUGGAAUUUGGAUCGAAUGAAAAGGGGCAAUUAGGAAUGCCUAAUACAAUUGACCACGUUAAAGAGCCGGCAGAAAUUAAUAUGGAAAAAAUGUUCGACGGCUUUCAGUUGAAGUUAGUAGCUUGCGGGGCAAUGCACACUGCAUUUGUAACUGACAAUGGGUUACUAUACACAUGUGGCGAGCCGCGUCACAGUAAACUUUGUUUGGACGAAAUUGACGGUGACACCUCAAACGAUUCCCCCAAUCAAUACUCGCCGAAGCGGGUCAGUGCUAUGAAUGGCUUUGUUGUUGAUAACGUUGCUUGUGGUGGCUGUCACACGCUACUUACAGCAACCAAAGGUUCAAACGCAGACUUCACCAAUAAUGAUUUUAUUGUAAACCAAUCAAAGCCAAUAUCUAUCACAGAACUACCUCCUUUACAAAAAAUUCCAACAAUGAAAUCUGACGAAAAAAUGGACUUAGAAAAACCAACAGAGGAAACAAAUAACGAAGACAUCGGAUCUAUCGAUUCAUUAGAAGCUAAUGUUAGCGGUUCACAUAUAGUCAAUAUAAAUGAUCUUGAAACAACAAGUAUGCAUGAUGUACCGGAUUUAAAGACCGAUGAACCUGAUAACAAGGUAAUUGACGUUUCGCCCGCUAUUGAAAAUGAAAUUUCGUCUACCACUGCAUCUAUAGAGACCACAAUCGAAAAUUUAAUCGCCACUACCGACCAUAAAAGCUCAUCUAUCGAAAAGGGUAUGUCGGAAGUGGCAGAAAAGGCAGAAGAAAUAAAAGAUAAAGCAGUAAUCGAAAUAAACAGUAUGGAAGGCAAAGCUCAUGAAAAAUUCGAAAACAUUAUUCAUACUGUAAAAGAAACCACGACUCCAAAGACUCCAAUAAUACAAGACCUUUUGGAAAUACCAGACAUAUCUCACAUGAGCCCCAAUAUAAGUAAACACAGUGAUGAUCAAAAGAGCGAUGGAGAGCAGUCCGAAAAUGAAACAAUUCCUUGUGGCUCUGACAAAUCCAGCCCUCAAGCUAAAACGAAGACUCAAGCAGUUAUGCCAAUUGUACGAAAUGAAGAUCAUAUAGAUCAUGAAGACGUCGUUGUAAAUAAAAUCGAAGAAAAAGGCCGUUUUGCACGUAUGUUUCAGUCAAUUCGAGAUAAAGAAAACUCCUGCAUUGGUAAAGGGAAAGUGAUAGAAGAAACAGUUACUGAAAACGUACACAAAGGUCUCGAAACAGCAGAAGAAACUGUUCAUAAAUUAGAGGAGACUGUGGAAACUGAAAUUCGGAAUCAAACAAAUUCGCGAACUUGCAAUAUAUUGUAAUGGAUAAAUGUGAACUUAAACUUAUAAAAGUCUCUCAACUGUAACAGAUAUAUGUAUGCAUUUGUCCUGUUGUACUAUGAAACUAUGCACUUUACUACUGCAAAAUAAUCAAAUAAUCAUAUUGAAAGAAGACUACAUUGUCAAGAAAAGUUAA